AACUGGCUGGCAAUAAAGGGCCAGAGGAUUGAGCUGCCCGAUUCAGAGCCAGGCCUCUCAGGAGACACCUGAGAAGAUCCCACACUGUCAGUCACUUCUUGAGAUCAGCACGUGGGGCUGAUCCUCUUACGUGCCCAGCCCUGUCCUGGCAGCUAGGUGAGUGGCAAGCCUGGGCUUGGACUUAAGGAUCAACUGUCUUACCACUGGAUCCGAAAGGGGUGCUGAAAGCCAGCUUGGAAUUGAAGGAGAAAUGAGCAACCCUCGGCCAUUGCAGGAGGAGAGGUAUGACAUGUCAGGAGCCCGUCUGGCUCUGACGCUGUGCGUCACUAAAGCUCGGGAAGGUUCCGAGGCAGAUUUGGAUGCCUUGGAGCGCAUGUUCCAGCAGCUGGGAUUUGAGAGCACUGUGAAGAGAGACCCCACUGCCCAGCAAUUCCAGGAGGAGCUGGAGAAGUUCCAGCAGACCAUAGAUGCCUGGAAAGACCCGGUCAGUUGUGCCUUCGUGGUGCUCAUGGCUCAUGGGGAUGAAGGCGUCCUCAAGGGAGAAGAUGAGGAGAUGGUCAAGCUGGAGGACCUCUUUGAGGUCCUCAACAACAAGAACUGCAAGGCCCUGAGAGCCAAACCCAAGGUGUACAUCGUGCAGGCUUGCCGAGGAGAACACAGGGACCUUGGUGAGACAGUGGGUGAAGACCAGGUGAUGAUGAUCACCAGAGACAGCCCCCAGACCAUCCCCACGUACACAGACACACUCCACGUCUACUCCACAGUGGAGGGUUACAUAGCCUACAGACAUGACCAGGAGGGCUCCUGCUUCAUCCAGACCCUGACCGACGUGUUCAUGAACAGGACGGGCCCCAUUCUGGAGCUUCUGACUGAGGUGAGCCCAGACAAAGCAUCUGGAGACCAAUCAAGGCCAAGCACAGAGUGACCCGGCGGAUGGCAGAAGCAGAGCUGUUCCAGGAAGGAAAAGCGAGGAAAGUGAACCCUGAAAUCCAAAGCACCCUCCGAAAACGGCUCUAUUUGCAGUAGAGGCAGGGAGAGGCUGAGCUUCAGAUACUGAAGAUACGGAGAUCUUGCAUCCCCUCCUCCCUAGACUUUGUGGUACCUAGUCCAUCUUCCAACCUACAACACUUUUAGCCCUUUGAUGAGCCUCUGUCCUUCUGAGAGAAAGUCAGCCAAAUACAAGCCUGGGACAUGACCGCAGCAUUAACAUCAUCUCUCUCAGGCUGGAUUCUCUACCUUGGUUAGUGCAACCUAGAGGACAUUCUCAGAUCCCACUUUCUGCUCCUCUCCUUGUCUUUCUCCUGGGAAUAACCUGCACAAAAGAAACCACAUAAAGUUCAAGGGUGUCCCCAGCAAAGCCAAGACUGCACACCACCUGCUAAACCACCUCACCCUUGCUGGCUCCUGCAUCUCACCUGGAGCUGUCACCUCUUCCUGAACACAUACCCAUCCCCUUCUCCCAAAUCCUGCCUAUUCCAAGAGGCAAGAAUCCUCCUCUCUCUGUCUCUCCAUGACCUCUCUUCCUUGGCCAACAGCUGGAUGCCCCAACACAUUCUCCUUGGAAUGACCUCAUGUCCUCUCUAGAUAACCCAGCUGCCCUGCCUCCUCCUGCUCUGGCUCUUUCCAUCCUAAUGCCUCUCCCCCAGCCACAAACCUGGACUCUGCAUUCUACCCCAGAAAGGAGAUCCAAAAAAAAUCUCUUCUCACACUUGCAACUUCCAGCCACCUGGAACCAUGUUGACACCAUGGCCAGUCCCCUGGGAUCCACUCAUUCUUCGAAGGACACACAGUAGAGGCUCAGACAGGUUCAAUCACUUCUCAAGAAACCACACAGUGAGACAGAGCAGGGCCAAGUCCUCACCUCCAGCCUAGCCUGCUUGGUCCAUUAGAAAAUGUCUUUCAUUGGAAGAGCUGCCCAAGAGAAGUCUUUUCCAGAAGAUGUGUAGAUGUUCUCACUAGAACUCCAGCCAAGCUCACCUCUGGGAAAUUUCAGCACCAGGCCAGGAGCUGGAUCACAGACACUGUCUUCCAUGUCUAUGAUCUGUGUCUCACCAUCUCCAGCCCUGCUCUUUCCUGCUCAAAAGGCUGAAGCCACAUCUGGCACCAUAGCAACCUCAUGGCAACCAUUUCUCUUUCCUUCUCAGUCCCUCCUCCAAUAUUCCAUGGAAUCUUCAACCUCAGGCUCCAAGAUGGGAAUUCAGCUGUACCUUUGAUUCCUCUCUCUUCCUGCACCCUUCAUGCAACCCCAGUCACCAUGCCCAACCGAGGGUGACACCCAUACCUGUGUUCCCCCUUGAGUGUAACCCUUCAGAUUCCAGGCUCCAUCUUCCCAGAUCUGCACCUCUGCACCCAAGGUCUCCCCUUGCCUCUCUUCCAACUUGUCUCAGUCCAAUAAAUCCUCCCCACCACCAUCUCCCUGGAACACCCAUGGAGACUCAAUGGAUCCCUGAUAUGCAGAGACCAAAGCCAAGCUCAUUUAUCCCGAGUUCUCACAUCUUUCCAAUCCCACCCCCUAUCAACACUCAGCUAAAUGCAUCUCUCGGCUCCCCUACACUUGUUCACAUUCCACCAAGCCAGCCGUCCUCUCCCCGCUCCCUCUCUCACUACUGUCCCUCACCCCUGCUUUCUGCAGAAAGUGAUUCCUUCUACUUGAUGCCUGUCUUCUGACUCAGGAUCAAAAUCCGUAAUCUCCAGAUCUAAAGGGCAGGGAAUGAGACUGUGAUCAACGUACUGAGUAUUCAAUAAAAGCUCAUUAAGCUUUGAA